AUGGCCCGACGAUGGGAGGAGCACCUCCCCCGUGGAGCGGAAGCAUACUGGUGCCAGCCGUCCGACGCCAAUGCCAGAGGUGCCAAGGACUUCCUUCUCUCUGGCUGUGAUCAGGUUAUGCCCAAGGUGCACGCGCGAAUGUCGAUGCAUUAUCUGCUCCCCGAGUCCACCGUGCAAUCCCGCAGAGACAUUGUCCAGCUCCUCAAAACCGGACUUGAGAAACUCGCCUCUCAGGCCCCAUGCCUAACUGCAACAGUAGCCUUCGACGCCGCAUCAAAGCGUGGCACCAUGAAAACGAUCGGCGAUAACGAUGGAGUUCUCCUUGUCGUCACGGGCGCUGACGCUGUUCGCACCGAUCUUCCAUCAUAUGCAGAACUUGAACGCGAACGCUUUGCGCCCUGGAAGCUUCCCAAAGGCAACGCGUUUCCCGAAGCGUUGAUUAAUCCGAUCGCAGCAGGGAAAAGUCAUGAUGGCGGCUUACCGGCGUGCAUAUUUCAACUCAGCUUCAUCGAGGGUGGCUUGAUCCUCACGGCUGCCUUUCACCACUAUCUCGUCGAUGGACCGAGUGUUGACCUACUCUUCCGAGCCUGGGCCGCACACUGCCAGGGGAGAGAAGAGAUCCCGCUCUACACUGACCGUUCCAUCCUGUCGAGUCCCAAGAGGCCCGAUGCGUGUGAGGUUCAGCGGCUCGAACAAGCCAUGACUGCGCGUGGCUGCAUGGUCAAUUCCACCAAGCCGGAUCCGGCCAAUCCCUGGUCCAAUCUCAUGGCCGAACCUAUCAAGUCCGCUGUGAUCAGCUUUUCUCGCGAAGCAACGGCGGCCCUGAAAGCCGAGAUCGCAGCCCAGAAGCCAUCCACUCCCGUCUCCACAGCUGACUGUGUGCACGCAAUCUGCUGGACUGGACUGACCCGCGCGAAGGCCGCUCUUGCCGAGGGCGAGUAUGAAAUGGACUCCUGGACCGUCUUCCCCGUCACAUUCCGUACCCGUUCCUUCCCCGAGUUUCCAAGGAACUUCAUCGGAAAUACUACCUUCAUGAGCGGAGCUGUCCUGCCGGUUGGAAGACUUCAGGCAUCGGAAGGACCAAUCGAGGCUGCGGUAGCGCUGCGGAACAUCAUCGAUAGCGUGGACGCGACAUUCCUCGAGGAUGGUCUUGCUUGGGUUGACAGUAUAGAUGAUUUCUCCACGCGAUCAUGGCUGUCCAGCCCACCGCGCAAGAUUGAUUCGGGUUUCACGAGCUGGGCUUGCCUGCAGUACCAGAAUUGGGAUUUCGGCUUCGGCAGUCCAGCUGCGCUACGUCCGCCAGCGUCCCCGAUACCAUAUGUGUUUCCGUUGGCUGGGAAGACUGAUGCGCAUGGCAGGGAAGUGAUUGAGGUCGUUAUUGCUGCCACGGAGGAGACGCAUAGGUUACUGAUGCAAGAUGUGGAGCUUCAGCGAUAUACAACGGAUUACCACCUCGAGCCUUAA